AUGGACAGCCUUUACACAGUCCGCGCCUCACCAGGCGAAGGUCUAGGCUGCUUCGCGACAACAACCAUCCUCCCCGGCACGCUCAUCCUUAGCGAAACACCGUUAUUCAGCAUCGCCGAACCACGCAGCAACCACGCCGUCACAUCCGCCUUUGCAUCCUUGGACGACGUGCAAAAAACCCAGUAUCUAUCCCUGUACGCCCAGAAAGACUACGACGAAGGGAAUGAAGAUAGGGAUGCAAAGGUAAUCGACAUCUUCAAUUCCAACGCCUGGCAAACCGGGUCUCGAACAUCCAUCUGCCCCCUCGCCGCCCGCUUCAACCACUCCUGCAUCCCCAACGCAAGUUUCGCAUUCAACACCCUCACCUCAAAAGUCACAAUCCACGCCAUCGUACCCAUUGCGUCAGAUACCCAGAUCAGAUUAAGCUACGAGCGGCCCUACCAAACCACCCUAUCCCGACGUGCAAAACUAUCUUCCUACGGCUUCACAUGCACCUGUCCCGCAUGCAGCGACCCCACUCCCUCUAGCGAUACUCGGAGAGCGCGAAUGGUCGUGCUGGACGCGCGUAUCCGGACGGGGCGGCGCCAGCUGUGGAGAAGCCCUGUGCCGAAGGCCGCGCUGGAACUUGUCAGGUUGCUUAAAGAGGAAGGUUUGGUGGGGGAGGCGUUGGGUCUUGCGUAUCAUGAUGCAGCGGUGGGGUGGAAGAGGCAUGGGAGAUUGGACUUGGCGGUGCAGUGUGCGGUUAAAGAGGUGGAGACGGCGGUGGUGUGCUUUGGCAGGGAGAGUCCGAGUGUGGGUGUUAGUGAGGCGUUUUUGAUGGGGUUGAAGGUUGAGAUGGGGAUGACGGGGAAGGGGGGUGUUGCUGUAGAGGCUGAAGAGCUUGCGACGUGCUAG